AUGACAAACGCGAUCACAUCUGGACGAGUUAACUUCAAAUCGAGAGAAGGUACUUUUGGAAUGAUGAAUUCGACACAGUACACGCCCAUCCAGCCCAGAAUACCGACAUUUGUCGCAGAGGCUGUUACAGAGACCCAAGAAUCAGAAGGUAAUCUCGAUCUUGGCCUCAAUCAGGAUUUUGUCAAUGAAAACCUGGACGACCUUUUUGGUUUCCAAGGCCACACGAUGGGCGAGCAAUACGUCCAAGACACAGCGACAGAAAUCGCCGCCCACCCGCUAGUGGAAACUCCGCCUCCUGAACAACUUCAGAGCACGCUCGAUUUUAGCGGCGUUGCCAAGACAGAGCAAGGAAUAGACGCCAACAAGAUCGAGCUCACAUUUCCCCAGCAUCCGCUCAAAGCGAAUGGGAUCUCGUACUUCAACGACAAGGGAGUUCUCUACGCCACGCAUCGACUGAAAGAUCAGAAACAGGUGCCGUUUGGAAUCAGCGGGAUCUCCGAACGAACCCAUCCGGCUUUUAUCGCCUUCAUGUACGCCUCCAUCCCUGGCAAUCACCGAGAAAUCACUGUCUGCCAGAAACACGCCACUGAAUACAUGUUGCAGAACGACUUCUUCAUGAAUAUCAACUUCCAAGGCCAACAACUUACGGUCGAUGAAAACGUCAUCGUCGACGGUAAAUACGUCCGUGCCCGUCGCCUCCCAAUCGUCCACGAAAUCGGCCGAGACAACGAUAGGACUUAUCAUGUCAUGUUCAACUGCACCAACUCCUGCUUGUCAAAUCGCGAAGAGCGAAAGAAGCUGACCCUGAAUGUCGUCAUUUUGAACAAAUACGACCGAAGCAUCUUCAAGCAUCUAACUCAGCGCGUGAUCAUCUCCGCCAAUGCUGGCCGAGAUGCCGGUGUCUUCAAAGGGGCAACUAAAAGGAAGAGUGAAAUCGCCUCGACCUUCGACCCAAGCUACAAGAAAGAGCGACUCGAGGCAAUUCCUUCGACACAGAUCAAAGUAAAGACUCCCGAUGGGGAUUACCGCCCAGCAAACAUCGGAGAGCGAAUAUCUGCCAGAGUCGGUGCUUACAGGAACUCCCUACCGGACUCAAUGUCCGAGCCGAUGAAGGACCUGAAACAGAAGGAAAUGGAGAAGAGGAUAGAUGCAAUGGUCCGCUGCCAGAUCGAGACGCAGCAGCAAAUAGACCAGGCAUUGGAGACAUAA